AAAGUCUGCGAGGCCUGGGGCGCAGGUCCGCGCCUCCCGGGUGAGCGCUGCCGGGGCGAAAGCCGACCCCGGGAGCGGGUGGGGGUUCGGAGUCCAGCGUGUGAGGACCGGUCCGCCUCGGGCGCCGCCGGCGCAUGCGUAUCGGGGAGCCUAAGCCAGCGCGGAGUGGUAGCCAUCGCGGGAAGGCUUCCGUCAGAGCCCGCCAGGAGCGGGUGGCUGGUCCAGCUCCAGGGACCCAGCCGCUGGGCGUCAUUGGCUCAGGCUGUAAGGCCCUCAUCACCCUGUGCCGCCGGGUCGGGCCCCGCGGCGGUGGCGUCAGGGGGCGGAGCCGCCCGGAGCGCCCUUUGUCUGCGGAGGUUGUUAUGCCCUCUCAGAAUGUUAUACUUUCCCAAGGGGGGAACAUGGAGGAGAAGGAAAUGAAUGAUGCAUCACAGAUAGUCAGGUCUCGGGAGUCACUGACAUUCCAGGACGUGGCUGUGGACUUCACCAGAGAGGAGUGGGAUCAGCUGUACCCUGCUCAGAAGAAUCUUUACCGAGACGUGAUGCUGGAGAACUACAGGAAUCUGGUCGCGCUGGGGCAUCAACUGUAUAAGCCAAAGGUGAUCUCUCAGUUGGAGCAGGAGGAGCGGCGGAUGAUGGAAGGAGGCAGCCCAGGGGGCACUCGCGCAGGUGGGGAGAAUAGACCUGACAUCAAAAAAUCAAUUCCAAACCAGAAUAUUUCUGAUGAAAAUCAAAACCAUGACAUGAUAAUAGAGAGACUAACAGGAGACAGUUUCUGGUACUCCAUCUUAGGAGGACUCUGGGAUUUUGAUUACCAGUUAGAGUUUAACCAAGAAAAUCAGCAGAGACACUUAGCACAAGUAUCUUUCGCCCACAAAAAGAUCACACAGGAGAGAAGCCUUGACUGUAAUAGAUUUGGAGAAAACUGUAAUGUGAACUCAAACCUUAUUAUGCAUCAGAGAAUUCCUUCAAUUAAAAUACCCUUUAAUUCUGACACACAAGGAAAUAGCAUCAAACAUAAUUCAGACUUGAUUUUCUAUCAGGGAGACUAUGUAAGAAAACAUCCUUAUGAAUAUAAUGAAUGUGGAAAAAUCUUGAAUCAACAUAUUCUUCUUACUAAUCAUAUUCAUACUGAAGAGAAACCCAGUGAAUGUGGGAACGCCUUCAGCCACAACUCAUCUCUUACUCAACCUCAGAUAGUCCUUACAGGAGAGAAGCCCUAUAAGUGUGAUGAAUGUGGGAAAAGAUUCAGCCAGAGGAUACAUCUUAUUCAACAUCAGCGAAUUCACACAGGAGAAAAACCUUUUAUAUGCAAUGAAUGUGGGAAAGCCUUCCGUCAACAUUCAUCCUUUACUCAACAUCUGAGAAUUCAUACUGGAGAGAAGCCCUACAAAUGUAAUCAAUGUGGUAAAGCCUUUAGCCGAAUCACCUCCCUUACUGAACAUCAUAGACUUCAUACCGGAGAGAAACCUUAUGAAUGUAGUUUUUGUGAGAAAGCCUUCAGCCAGAGGACACAUCUUAAUCAGCAUGAGAGAACUCACACAGGAGAGAAACCCUAUAAAUGUAAUGAAUGUGAGAAAGCCUUCAGCCAGAGUGCACAUCUUAAUCAACAUAGGAAAAUCCAUACUCGGGAGAAAUUGUGUGAAUAUAAUAAAUGUGAGAAAACCUUACGUUCCAGUCCUUCCAGCAUAUAACUCAUGGGGGGAGGGGAAAUCAUAUGAAUAUAUAAAUGUAGGAAAACUAUUGGUCAGAUCCUUUCAAUAUCAAAUUAUUCAUAGAGAAGAGAAAGCUUAUAAAUAAACUUUUAAUGCAUAGAAACCAAAUAAAUUUAGAUCUUAAAUUAGUAGCAUAUUCUCCAGGAGAGGUUAUAAAUAGUGGAAAUAAUUUAUUUUAUAAAUAAGAUUAUAUUAAGAGUCUUGUUCCAAAUCUGAUAUAAAACUUUUUUUAAUGACCAGAAAUCUUGUAGGUGAUAAUCUGUAAUUAUUCAUCUGUAAUUUUUAUGUUAUAAAGUUUUUAAAGUAUGUAAACAUUAAUUCAAGCAAUGAUGUAAUGUAACCAGUCAUAUACACUUGAAAUAAACAUAAAAGCAGUAUUUCUCAAACUUCAGUCAUGUGUGUUUCCUUUACAUAAGUUUUUACCAUAUUCAGUGUUUAUUUAAUAUUUUGCUUUAAAGGGACUCAAAAUUUUAACAUUGUCCUAGAAAAUAUUAUUUGCAGAAACUAUGAGUUUUAUAUGCCCAUUAUAUUUGCCCUAAAAUAAAUAAACAUUUAUUUAUCAAAAUACAUAACUUUGAAAUUAAAAAUGGCCGUUUGAUGUACCACCUAAAACUUCUGUACCUUUAUUUGAAAAACAAUGUGACAGGACAUGGCAGUGUUUGUUUUCAUUUUAGCAAAUAUUUUGUUUUCAUCAAACAACUCCUAGGAUCACUUUAAGAAGCAUCUUGGAGGAGACUAAGGGUCCUGGUGAUGAACUUUGAAAAGUGGUUUGCAGAAGUCUACUUUUCUAUCCUGUUGUUCUAGUUUUAAAUUUCCCUCUAGCAACCAUAGACUUUUUUUUUCACUAAACUGGGUAUUUCUGUGGGUUUGAAUAGAGAGUUUUUUGUUGUUGUUUUGUUUUGUUUUGUUUUUAUAUAAUGACAAGGGCCUAAAGAUCCCUACGCUUCCCUGCACAAGAUAAGAAGUAGAAGACUGUACCAGAUGUGGAGCUGUGGUGCCAGAUGAAGCUCAGAA